UCCAUGGAUCCAGCCUGUAAGAAGUCGCCUGUCACCUUGAUCCAGUGCAUGGGAUUUGCUUUCUUCUUCCUCCAUAUCGGCUCUGUGGAAGCUGAUGGUAAACUGCUUGCCCUUGGACCCAGGAAUGGUUCUCAAAGUAUGGACUUAGCCAUGGCUCGGCAAUCAUGUGCUGCUGUAGGAGCUCAUUUAGCCAGUGCAGAAGAACUGAGGAGAGCCAUCUGGUUUUGUUCCUUUGCUGUGUGUACGAGAGGCUGGCUGGCUGAUGGCACCAUUGGGACAACAGUGUGCAACAGGACAGGCAGCAAGGCACAGAGUGUGAAAGUUAUUGAUGUCCAAAUUGAAAUGGAUCCUUCUCCAAGUGGCAGAUAUGAUGCUCUUUGUGUGAAGGACAAAGGCCGACCAUGUGGGGAUCCUCCAUCGUUCCCUCACACAGUUCUCUAUGGUCACACUGGGUUUGAAAUGGGAGAUGAACUGCACUACAUCUGUGUCCAAGGAUAUGUCAUGAGCAACAAAGACGCUGCUUUCACUCUGCUUUGUCACACCUGCGGAGAAUGGUUUGGUCAAGUCCAGGCCUGUGUCAAAGAUGAAACUGAGGGUCAUAUUGAUUAUGAGGAUAAUUUUCCUGAUGACCUAUCUAUGCCUAUUGAGGAACAGGAGGAAAAUAAUGCAAAAGAGACAGAGGAGAAGGAUCACAAACCAGAGAAAACCAUAGUUGAUGGUACCAAGACACAGCUUGCUGAGGGUGGCAACCACAUUGGAGUGAAAACUAUAUAUAAUGAGCAGGGCUCCAAAUUGAUAUAUGAUGAUGAAGAUUUCCACAUUGGACCUAUACUUGUGAACAAUGGUACAGGAGCAACAAAAAGUACAAAUUCUAAUACAGAUGAAUCUUGGCUAGAUGGUUACCCUGUUACUCAAGAAGCAGUGGAAGAAGGGGAGGCAGAGGAGGAGGGGGAUAAAACUGACGGAUCCAUGGGGAUGGAAGAUGACAUUACCAGUAACCAACCGAACCACGUCGGCAUUGGGAAAGCAGGCAGCAGCAGCCUGGAAAAGGAUUUCAUACCGAUUGGGGCUGUUCCAUCACUGACACAUAAUGCUGAUGGAAUCAAAGGAAUGCCAAUAGCACUAACUCCAACAAGUGCUCCAGAGAAUGUAAGUAUUAGCAACGGCUCUGAGGACGUCAUCAGGUACAUCCCGACCACACCUAUGGGAUUUGUCACUCAGGAAUUGGCAUCAGUAGCCACAGUCACUAGCUUGAUCUCGGCCACGCUGGAGACUUCUACGGUGCUUGGUCUCAUCGACCAUAUCCCGUCGCCAGAGGAAGAAGAAACGACAACCUUGCCUACGCAAGCAGUUACAACUGUGCCUUCUCAAAAUGUCUUUACUGAGCCGUCAGCUGAUGAUUUAAUUGAGCGAGACAUUCUUAGCUACGGACUAGGAGGAAGGCUCCUGACCACUUUAGAACCCUGUGUGGGGACAGAGUGCUCCAGCUCAGACAAAGGCGCCAUGAUAGCCAUCGGGGUGACUGUGCUUUGCUUGCUACUGCUGGCUGCUAUUUUUGCAGUGUGGUGCUUUAGGAAAAGGCAACAGAAGACCUCUGUUUAUAAACUGAACGGGAAGGAUCAUCCUGGGCACCAGCUACAACAGAUUGAAAUGCAGAGAGUCUAAUCUAGCAGUCUACAUUACUGGGAAGAAAGGGGAAAACUGAAUGACAAAUGCCCGCUGAUGUCCACCAGUUCAAAAAACAAUAAAGUGAAAACCUGUGUGUGGUUCAGCAGGGCUUGCAACUAUUUGAAAUCACAGCAUAAUAUAUUGAUAUUGGGGUUGAUUUAGGUAUCUCUUUUUUCAACCCUCCCAUUUCUUGAAGAUUUCAGGGCUGAUUUAAA